AUGAGUGAUUAUUUCGUGAGAGCUGCUACUUGUAAUGUAAAUGAAAUUACCCAGGGACAUCCUCCAGCUUUAACAAGUGGGACAGGACAAUAUACGAUUACCACCUCCAAGUCAGGCACAUCAUUUACAUUUACUCUUGCUGGUCCAAAAGCAAUUAAAGGAUUAUUACUCUAUACUUUAGAUGGAAGUACUAGUACUAGAACGGGAGAAUUUACAAUUCCUGAUAAUUUCCAAUCUAAAUCUUGUAAUGGUGAUGGUAUUAAUACUUUAACUCAUACAAAUAAUAAUGAUAAAUCAUUACCAUUAACAUUUACUUGGAAACCCCACGAUGAUACUACUAAAAGCGUUACUAUUAAAAGUCUUGUAGUUGUAAGUUCUGCAGCAGAUUGGUAUCAAUUAGAUGAUGUCACCCUUGAUUUAAGUUCGGGAACUUCUAAUGUUACAACUCCAAGUGAUAGUGGUUCAAAUGAUUCUGAUGGAUUCUUUAAGAAUUAUACAUUAUUUGUUAUUUUGGCAAUUCUUAAUAUAAUUAUUUAUAUUGCGGGAGUUGCUGUUGAAUAUAUGUUGAGAAGGCAAAACGUUAAUGCUAAAAAGGUAGUCAAGAAUAUCUAA